AUGCUAGUCAACAACUCAGAUAAAGCUUUGGAAUUUUGUGAAAUAGCCAAUUUUUCCAAAAUUGAUGUGGUUGUCAAGUGGAUUGAGGAAAUCAAGGAACUCUCGGAUGUGCUCGCUAUUGAGUCUCUAUACUAUCAUGGAAGAUGCCCAUGUCCACAGGUGAAGAGAUGCUCUAAAGGCAAUGGUACUGUAGCAGUCUGUAGCGUAUUGGAUAAAAGAGUAUUUUCAAAAGGCUAUGCUCUAUAUCCAGCACCCUCAGCAUCUGAUGCAACCUUAGCAGCUAUUAAAACAGCAGCCAUGCCAACAACAAAGAACGUUACUUCAACUUCGGACACUGCAGGAACUAUGACUGAAGGUUUAAUAAUAGCGGAGACCAUUAUGGCAGCAGCUCCAGCAGCAACAUUGGCAACAAUACUAUCAAAAUCAUCUUCAUUUCCAACAAUGGCGAUAGGUACUUCCUCUUCAGCAACAAUGAUAACAAAAGCAUCAGCUGCAAAACAUACAACUACUACAACACCAGAACCAGCAACGUCUACCUACCCAGACCCAUUCACAGUAACUUACAUAAUGACUGCUACGUCCUCAAGCUCUAAACGCGCGACAGCAGCGAUGAAGAAGACCUCGACAACUCAAAUAGCCAAGGAAGGGACAACAUCUAUGCUUGUAAGCACAACAGAAAAAAGGACGACAAGUACAAAUCGAACUCUAGCAACAAUAACGACAACAAGACCAACAACAACAACGACUGCUACUCCAUCCACGACAAUUUCUUCUAUGAAAAGUGUUGCCAAUUCUUUAACAACAACGACGGCGUCUCCAGCCACUGAAACAGCAGAUGAACAGACAAUAGUACUGAAAACAAGAACAUUUGAUGCGGAAAACAUAAGUUCAGUUUCAUCAUUGAUAACAGCGACAGCGACUGCAACAACGAAGAAUAACGUCCCACUCACCACAAAUUUUAUUAGAACCACUGCUCCACAUCUAGCGGAAGCAAAAAUGUCUUCAACUCAAAGAGCAGAUGAAACAAUAACAAUAGAGACAACUACACUCGAAGUGACGAUGACAAGUACAAGUUCUAAUCCAGCAACAAUAAGUCCAGAAACAACGACUGCCAUGCCAUCCACAACUUCUGUAACAACUGAUAAAACUUCAGUAACUACGGCGGCCACGUCUUUGAUAGCCCAAACAGAAGGUAGAACAGCAACAGAUUCAGAAUCAAGUACGCUUAAAGCGGCGAUGACAAGUAUAGGCUCAGCUCUAGCAGCAGUAACAGCAAAAACAAAUUCAACAACAAUGUAUGCUAUCUCAUCCACGAUAAGUCCAUCUACAACUACCUCCACAAUUUCAACACAGACGAAGGCAACGCCAUAUCAGACAACAGUAACAGCAAACACAAAUCCAAGUAUAGAAGCACUUACAAUAACGACGGAAAGAACAACUUCAGCUCCUCUUACAACAGCAGUAACAACAACAACAACAACAACAACAACAACAACAACAACAUCAACUGCAAAAAUGACCAUUAUCAACACACCUACAACGACUUCUCUUGAACCAGCAUCCUCUCCAGCAGCGGUUGCAUUGACAACGGGUUUUGCAAACGUUUCUUCUGCGAUGGCUAGCACUUACUCUCAUCGAACUCUUGAUGACUCUGUAAAGCCAAACCAUUCAACAUUGACUCAGAGCAAUAAAGAAACGACAACGACAGAUCAGACUCAAUCGUCGUCUGCGACUGCAAAUUUGACUGAGAGCAGCCAACGCAGACGGGUCAAUUACACCAGCAUAACCUCAAAGGAAGACGCACACAUUGCACACACUGAACAUGUACUGAAAGAAGACACACAGUUUUCUAGCUCCAGGUAUCAACAGUCACCUACUGCCGCUCCUCAAGUCAACACAAGCAAUUCACUGAAUGCAAGCCUCCAGUCCAAAGAAGAGAGUAUGCAUCAAAGUACAGUGACGUCAAAGCAGUCGACCGAUUUGACACAAACAAGUGAUACAGCUUUCUCGACUCCCAAAACCUUUAGUAGCGCUCCAGUGCUUAGUAUUACCGCUAUGUUGGAGAAAAUAAAAUCAUUUUUCUCAGAGAUAAAGAUGAGCAGUAUUGCCAAGUAUGACACAGAAGAAAAAAUUGAGCCCAGUAGCCGAAGAAAAGCACAUCGCCUUAGCACCAAAAAUGCAGUUUCUAUCAUAUCAACGAUGACAUAUACAACGACAGGAGACAGCACAAACAAAGUAGCUUCAAUAAAAGAAGACGGAGCAGAACAAGCAGUAGAACAAGACGAAGCACCCACAUCAAUUAUACAUACUGCACCACAAUCUACAUCCAUCACCGAAGCGAGUUCGUCACACUCUGUUGAAAAGGAUACAAAAACAAUAUUCAAUGGAGCAACAGUAUAUCACGCAUCGACAUCUACUACAGGACUAUUGAGUCGUUCUCAAAAUCCAUGUGCUGCUGAUUACACUGAAAUCUCAGGAGCUUGCUAUCGCAUUCUUCCACCAAAGGCCUCUACAACAUAUAAAAGAGCCCUUCUCACGUGCCACAAUGACGACGCCGACCUAGCCGAUGAAAUUGUUUUAAGAGAUCCAGAUGUUUUGGAGUUUUUGCGUCAAGAAAGCCUGUCAUCUGGUGCCACACUAUACUAUGUAAACGAGCACGAAUCAGAGACGAUCACGGAGAACAAAACAGUUCGCGUCAUCUCGCUAAAUGGAUCUACUCGGGUUUCCUUGAAUGUAAACAGAACAGCAAAAGUUACCGAGCGUCUCAAUAACGUCUUUGGCCUAUGCAAGAAAACAAACAUUGAGAAAAAGAUCGAAGAGAUUGAAACACCACCAAUAUAUCAACGGAUGCAACCUUCAUGUAAGACAUGCUUUGAACCAGGUACGCAAUCCUGCGUGGAAGUAGAAGAAACUUUCACGUGCAGAUGCAAGCAUGGAUGGACUGGCUUCACUUGCUGGAAAUCUCCCGACCUCUGUGAGCUUACAGGGCUGCAAUGUGGCCCAAAUGGCAGAUGCGUUUCGAAGGUGGACAAGGCAGAAUGUGAAUGUGGUGAAUUUUACGCUGGCGAACAUUGCGAGUACAUGAAGUUAAAUGUGUCAUCAUAUCUUUACGACGAAAACAUAGGAGUAAAUGGAGCCACCGCUGCCGCAUUAAUACUGACCACUGGCGACAUUUGCUUAAUGGUAGCAAAAGCGAUACUGAAGCUGUACCGCCCAAAAGAAGGAGAGGACACUCAAGUUUUCUAUCAAAACAUGCGCACACUAUUUACUUCCAAUGGUGGUCUCGUCAUACUCUUCUUCCACCACCUUGGUAUAUUCGACAUAUCGAUAGCAUCUUGCAAUUUAUGGUUCUUUAUCGGCACAAUGUGUUUCUCCUUGGGUACAGCUGAAAUAGAUCAAAUUAUGGGUUAA